AUGAGAUCGAUUACUUCGCUGUUACCUUUAUUCAAUAGAAAUGUAUUAUUUAUAAGCAGGUCAUUCAACCGGGUUUCAGCUCGCCCAUUUUCAUCGAUAAAUUCAUACUUGAGGAAUUCAUCCUCGUCCUCCUCAUCUCCCAUAAAGAUUGAUCCAGACUCGAUAAUCGAUGAAGAUAAAGGUUCAUUAGAUAAAAAGAAAAUAAAAGGCCAAAACAGUGUCAAAGAUGCUGUUGGUGAGAAAAGUAAUAAUAUUCUGAGCAAAACAAGCGAGAACGACAAAAACUUGAACAAUAAUUUAGAUAAGAAUGAAUCAACUAUAAAUCCGGGCAAAAAAUUAGAUGUUAAAACUGAUAUUGAAAAGGAAUUUUCAAAGAAAAAUUCGCCCAAAAACGUUUCAUUAAAAAUACAUGAUGAAAGAAAUAAUGACCAUGAUAAUGAAAAAAAUAAAGGCAUCAGUAACGAUAAAAACCUGAAACGUUCUAAAAGCAAAACCAAUAAAAAAACAAUAUUGAAAAGAAAGUUGAAUAAACCAAUUUUAUUACAAGAUUUGAUGGACCAUGGUAUUGCAUUCCAUCCUGAUUUUCACAAAUUUUCAUAUUCUUUAUGCUUCAAAGAGAAUUUCGACCGUUGGAACAAAGUCCCGGUUGAUAUCAUCAAAAAAAUUGAUCCACUUUAUAUUCCCAAGAAAGAUGACGAGAUCGAGGUCCAUCAAUACAAAGGAGGAAGAAUCAAAAGCUCUAUCAGCUUCUACUACAACUUGAACAAGGCUCGAUCAUGA